UCUGGUCUUGGUUUUUAGUCGCCGUUUAAACUUGGUCGUGAGAGGGUAGCAGCCUCGUUAUCAGCCAACCGCGAUCGCGUCCGAACGAAAGAGUACAGUGGAGCCCUGGCCAGCUCAAGCCUUCGAAUCCUCCAGAACAUUCUGAUGGCGCCCGUGAGCGGCUGUUCGCCCACCGCCACCCACUCGCUGCAGGACAUGAGUGCUGCCGCCGCGGCGAUCGCUCUUGACAUGAAGCCCAAAUUGGAGCCCCACCCCCUGGCCGCCGCAACUGCCAUGCCCUCUCAGAAGAUAAAGAAAUUGGUUCGGCGCAACGCCUCCGACAAGCUGAAGCUCAUCCAAAUGGUGCACGACAACCCAAUUCUCUGGGACUCCCGCCUCCCGAACUUCAAGGGCGCCGAAGAAGAAAAGAACCGAGCCUGGGAGCACAUAGGCCGCGAGUUCAACGCUCCCGGGCGUCGCGUUGCACGGGCCUUCAAGUCCUUGAGGGAAUCCUACCGCCGUGAACUCGCCCACGUCAAGCUAAUGGGCAACGGCUUUAAGCCCAAGUGGAGUCUCUAUGAGGCCAUGGAUUUCCUGCGCGAUGUCAUCAGAGAACGAAAGGGCGCCUCGCAUGCGACCGAUCUUAGCCUGACAGCCUAUGGCCACAUUAACAAUAACAACAACAACAAUAACAGUAACAGCUUGGCUGCAGGGGGAAAGGCAAUGACCCUGAAGCUGUCCAAUUCCUUCAACGAGUCCGCCGCAGUGUUGAAUCUCUCAAAGUGCUCCUCGCUCAAUGUGAGCGGCGAUCACUACUACUGCGACUACUAUGUGAAGCCGGAGCUGGAUCUCUCGGUGGGCGGCGGGGCCGGAAGUAGCACCAGUGGGAGUAGCUCCGGCGGCGGACCACUUCCUCUGCCAGCUCACCAACACCAGGCUCACAACGACAGUCGGGUGAGCUCGACAAGAAACGAGCAGAAUGCACUGCAGCACAGCUAUGAGGACAUUGACGACAGCUCGAUACGCAGCGGGGACGAAGAUAUCGGCCACGCAUCCGACGUAGUGGAGGAGUUGGAUGCCAUCGAUGCAGAUUUCCCCUAUCCUCUGAUUCUGGAUUCCAACUCACGCGGUAGCCCCAAUGUUGGUGUAGACGAUGUGGUCAUGGCCCGCAAGCUCCGCCGUAACGUCGAUCAAGAUGUUAUGGAGGAAGGAAACGGCCACGGCGAUGCGGUUAUGGAUGGCGACGACUACGAAGAGCAAAUGUUGCAGCAGCACCGCCAUCUCCGGCAGCAACAGGGCGUCGCAAGCGGAGGGUUGGAUCUGCCGCCCCCACAAACUGUACGUGAGGUCUUGAACUCCAAGUUCUGCGGCUUUAUUUCAGCCAAGCUUAACAGCAUGGAGGACUCGGACGCGGACAAUUUAAUGAAUCGCAUUCUUCUGUUACUGGUUCAAGUGCAGCAGUGCGAAGGGUCCACGAAAUAGACAGCGGCAAAGAAGGGCGCUAAGUGUACGGGUGUAGUUAUAGUAGCCAAAAAGUUCAUAAUGGAAUGAUGUUGCUGCUCAGAGCACUUAUAACUGAAUUUUCUUGCCAUUAUAUAUGACUUUCCUAAAGAAAUACAAAUUUACUUGCCAAUGCCAAAUCUGUGCCAUACCAAAAGGAUCAAUCGAAUAUGAAUGAUUUUCUAAAACAUUCUCGAAUUUUUGCGCUCCUAUUUACAAAAAUCAUCAAAACUCAACGAAAAGACAACACAAAGACGUAAACCAAGAAAUAGCUAAAUAAGAAACAUAGAUUAAUUAAGCUUUAAAUGUUAAUUUCGUUUUAAGUCGAUCAACUGUAGUUCAUACUCAUGCCAACGUCUCAUCACAUGAACCAAUUCUUUAUAUAACCUACUAUUUUACCCAGAUUAUAUCGCCAAUCUAAAAUAUAACUUCUUGUUAAGUUGAAAACGUAGAAAUUAGAAAAGAAAAGUUUUUAACUUAAAAAAGCGAGCCUAUUACUCAUAGUUUCAUAUACAGCGAUAUGAAUAUUAACAAUAUCUGAACACUAAAUGAGAACAAAUUUUACAAUUUGUCGUUUUUGAAUAAAACACCAUCUAUGGCAGUAAUGUUUUGAUAUCGAUGGACGUAGACAAUGUUUUGGCCAUUCAGCCCAAUUUAAAUCAAAAUUUUUGAAAUAAACCGGCUUGAAAAGUUGUCCGUAUUUCGAUGGGUAUUGACUAAUAAAGUACCUUUAAAUAUAAAAAAUAAAACGUAUCUACCGAACAUAAACAUAG